ACCGGAGACAAUGCCGAGGGCUGUCCCAGCAGCCCAACAGCUGGCGGGAUGAAUCCAUCAGCACUGCUUUUCAGGCUCAGACACACGGCGGAACAUCCCCCUGCUCCAGAGGCAGGCCCGCUCACAGGAGCCCGGCUCUCUGUUGGCUCUGCCCUCUUAUCUGGUGUGAAGAAUGCAGCACCUCGGGGUCUCUGCGUCACUGCUGUUCUAAGCAAUGCGCCUCAAGUCUUUGCUGAGAGUAAGAACACAGCAAAACAAGAGGAGAAAAGAAAUGGUGGUAGGUUGGGAGAUGACAGCCGGGAUGUUAUCAACAAAAUACCACAUUCUUCAGAACCCAAAAGGGCCAUCCUCCCACGGGCGUUGGUGAGGACAGGGAAAGCCAACGGCAGAGGGAGAAGGAAGAGAGGGAGAGGGUGGCAGAUAGUUGGUAACGCACCACAGCAGGACAGCCAGUCCAGCCACAGGCGCCCAGCCAGCCACGGACACGGACGAGUGAGGCUGUUGAAGCGAACCCUCCUGAAUCCCAGUGAGAACACAGAUCCGUAUGCUGCUGUUGUUGUGCUGCUUCAAGAACUCCCAGUGCAGUGGAUGUCGUGGAGUGUGGGUUUAGGUGGCAGGAUGACAGCUGCCAAGCUCCUCCUUCCGUUCUUCAUUCUCCACUUUUGUGAAGGCUCCAAUCAGCCACCACGUUUCUUGAACUACUUCUUCUCCACAUAUCUUCUCAUCUAUGAAGACAUGCCUAUUGAUGUCCACAUGGAGGUGGCCUUCCAGUUCCUAAACACUGUCACAAGCACACAAGCCUCCAAGAGGGAGCUGAAUCAUCUCAUGCGAUCUCUGUCUCGUUGUGUUGCUGCCAUGUCAGGGUCAAUCCUCCAUAAGCCGAGAAGGUAUCUGGCAUUUAAAACUGCCUCGUUAGAAGCCCAGAACAGCAAGCUAUUUGUCUCUGCUAUUAUCCUCAGCACACACCCUUUUUCUUCUCCCGCCUUGACCUGCUUUGCUCCCAGAGACAUGCAGGAACCGGGGAAAAAGUUCGGAGGGCCAGCGUGGGAGAGGCAGAGUGGGAAGAGAAGAGAGAGGCAAGCGGCGAAACCCGAAGUGAGCAUCAGGACCGUGAGAAAAGAGCAAGGGCUUGAGGCCGGAAAGAAAGAGAUGUGGGCGGGCGGGCGGCGCAGAGUUCCAUCGUUGACGGACGGGCUGACGUGUUGGGGAGCCGUGUGGCGGUUUGGGACGGACGCUCCACCCAAGGACUCUCGUGAUAGGCGGCGCGGGAACAUGAGUGGCACCGCACUGACUCAUCACCCCACUGAUUGCAUCACCUCAGCCCCAAGUCUCACUGGCCCUGCCCAAGUCUGUCCAUCAAGUUCGUCUGUGGCCCAGCUCAAGGCAACCGAUCCAGAGGGGGAGCCCCUCAUAUACGGUGUGUCAGGAGAAGAGGCCAUGAGGUAUUUUUCUGUGAACAGAGACACCGGCGUGGUCUGGCUUCGACAGCAGCUCGAUCGUGAGAGCAAAUCCGAGAUGCAGGUUGAGUUCUACGUGAGCGACAUUCAAGAGGUGGUCAAAGACACAGUAAACAUUCAGAUCGGAGACGUGAACGAUAACGCGCCAAACUUCCACGGCCAGCCUUACACCGUUCACAUCCCAGAGUUUUGGUUCUACACCCCCACCCCCCACCUGGUACCCCAUCUUGCUGCAAACAAGGUCAACCGCUCUGUAGUGUGUCCACAGAACACACCAGUGGGAAGAUCAAUAUUUAUGGUGAACGCCACUGAUCCAGACCAGGGCACUGGUGGCAGUGUUCUCUUCUCUUUCCAGCCGCCUUCUCCCUUCUUUGCUAUUGAUGGGGCACGAGGCACUGUCACUGUCAUUAGACCUCUCGACUAUGAGAGGACCUCAGCCUACCAGCUCACUGUGAACGCCACGGAUCAAGACAAAGUGAGACCUCUCUCCAGGCUUGCCAACUUGGCUAUCACUAUCACUGAUGUCCAAGAUAUGGACCCUAUCUUCACCAAUCUACCCUACAGUACCAACAUAGAAGAGGAUGUUCCCCAGGGAUAUGAAGUGCGGAAGAUAACAGCCAUUGACCAGGACCUUGGCCGACCGAGAGGAAUCGGCUACACCAUCAUCUCAGUCUUAAGUGCGGCUCUGCGUGACGCCCCUCUUGCGUUCCCGCUCCUCGCCCCGAGUGUCCUCAGAGGGAGCGCCGCUCGCUCCUGCGGGACUCGUCUCAUUAGUUCGGGGAAGACUUACAAUGCCUUUGCGCCCUCUCACCGCAAAGAGGUCACACAGGUGUGGAGACACCAUUUCCUGCCUGGACAGGGAAACACCAACAGUGUUUUUGCCCUCGACUACAUCAGUGGCUCCCUGACAGUGAAUGGCCAGCUGGACAGAGAGAACCCACUCUAUUCAGCCGGAUUCACUCUCACCGUGAAGGCCACUGAGUUGAAAGAUGACCGCAGUCCAUCAGAUGCAACUGUGAUGACCACCUUCACCAUCCUGUUAAUAGACAAGAAUGACAACGCCCCAAAGUUCAACAGCUCGGAAUAUCGAGUCCUUAUCACUGAACUAGCACAAGUGGGCUUUGCCUUGCCGCUUUUUAUCCAGGCAGAAGACAAGGACGAGGGGGUCAACAGUAUGUUCCAGGUUUUUCUGACAGGAAACAACUCGGAGUUCUUCACCAUCUCCCCCACGGCGGUACAAGGCCGUGCCGACAUACGGAUGAGGGUGGCUAAGCCACUCGACUUUGAAAACAUUCGCAGCUACAGCUUCUCUCUAUAUGCUAAUGAGUCCAUGUCUGACCAUGUGGGAUUUGCCCGUGUUUUCAUUGAGCUAAUCAAUGAGAAUGAUAACCGGCCCAUCUUCAGCCGACCGCUGUACAACAUCAGUCUUCCUGAGAGCACCCCCCCCGGCACAUCCCUGCUGCGGAUCCUGGCUACAGACGGAGAUGCUGGCACUUUUGGAAUUGUGCGUUACUACUUCAGUGAUGAGCCAGACCAGUUUUCACUGGACGAUGAAACCGGCUGGGUUAUUCUGCAAGCCAGCCUCGACUAUGAAUUAAUGCGUCGGUUCACGCUGACCGUCCUGGCGAGAGAUGGCGGCGGAGAGGAGACCACUGGAAGGAUCCGCGUCAAUGUGCUGGAUGUGAACGACAACGCGCCACUCUUUCAAAAGGAGGCCUACGUGGGCUCGCUUCAGGAGAAUGAACAAACAGUCCAGUCGGUGGCUCGGAUCAGGGCUACUGAUGAGGACUCUCCUCCUAACAACGUCUUGACGUACACCAUCACAUCAGCCUCAGCCUUCCGCGAUUACUUCAGCAUCGUUAUGGUCGAAGGAUACGCAGUGAUAAGCGUGGCCAGGCCCCUGGACUAUGAGAGGGUUCCCAACGGGAUGAUCUAUUUGACGGUGAUGGCUAAAGAUGGGGGAAACCCAGCACUCAACAGCACAGUCCCCAUUACGGUGGAGGUGAUAGAUGAAAAUGACAAUCCACCCGAGUUCAGCAAGCAGUCUUACAUUGUCAAAAUCCCAGAAAAUAUCAUAGCUGGGGCAACUGUGUUGCUGGUGAAUGCCACUGAUUUAGACGCCUCACGAGAGUUUGGCCAGGCCUCCCUCAUCUAUUCCCUGGAGGGUGCCUCUCAGUUCCGUCUGAACUCGCGCUCAGGAGAAAUCACCACCACAGCCCUUUUGGACCGAGAGCAGAAGUCAGAGUACAUCCUGAUAGUCAGAGCUGUGGAUGGAGGAGUCGGCCCACAGCAGAAGACUGGAAUUGCCACGGUCAACAUCACCAUACUGGACAUCAAUGACAAUGCCCCCAUCUGGCAAGAUGAGCCAUACCAUGCCAAUGUCGUAGAGAUGAGUCCAAUCAACACUGAUGUCAUAUCUGUGCUGGCUUAUGACCCUGACAAUGGCCAGAAUGGGACAGUCGUGUACAGUAUCAGUCCAGAAAAUCCGUUUUACACGAUUGACGGCAGAACGGGGAAGAUCCGCACCAGUGGGGUCACUCUGGACAGGGAAAGCUCAAACUCGAGGGACACAACACUUAUGAGGACUAUCAUCAUCUCAGCCGUUGACCGUGGCACGCCACCACAGCGAGCAUCAGCCAGCACCACCGUAUUCGUCAAUUUGCUGGACCUCAAUGACAACGACCCAACUUUCCUCAACCUACCGUUCGUUGCUGAAGUUCCAGAAGGGAUGUCCGUCGGUACCUCAUUUUUCAGGGUCCAAGUGGAGGACCCAGAUGAGGACAAGAAUGGGUUGAUUACAAUGGCACUGCAAAUGGGUAUGCCUCGCCUUGACUUCUACCUGAACACCUCCACCGGUGUUCUAACCUCCACAGCUGUCCUGGAUCGAGAGCAAAUGGGACAGUAUCAUUUAAGGAUUGUUGCGUUUGAUGCUGGGGAGUUUCCGCGUACCUCUACUUCAACCCUCACCAUCACAGUUCUGGAUGUAAACGACGAGACGCCCACCUUCAACCCCCGUCUAUACAAUGUUUCCCUGAAGGAGAGCGUCCCCAGAGACCACGUCGUUGCGCGCCUCAGCUGCUCUGACAAUGAUGCCGGUCUUAACGCCGAGCUUAGCUACUUCAUCACAGAUGGCAACCAGGAUGGUAAAUUCAGCGUGGGCUUCAGAGAUGGAGUUGUGAAGACAGUAGUCAGCCUAGACAGAGAGACCCAGGCAGCAUAUACUCUGGUUGUUGAGGCUAUAGACAACGGCCCAGCAGGCAGCCGGAGGACAGGCACUGCCACCGUUUUUGUGGAGGUGCAGGACGUUAACGACAACAGGCCCAUUUUCCUCCAAAACAGCUACGAGACCAGCAUUUUGGAGACUGCACCACAAGGAACAAGCAUCCUGAAGGUUCAAGCCACAGAUGCAGAUCAGGGAGAGAAUGGCAGAGUUUUGUACAGGAUACUAACAGGAAACAGCAACAAUUUGUUCAGCAUAGACAGAGGGACUGGGCUUGUGACUAGAGGCCUGAGGGCUCUGGACAGAGAAACCAGCAGCUCCCAUGUGUUGGAAGUGGAGGCCUACAACAGUGAUGAAGGCAGCAUGAGGAGCUCUGUGAGGGUGAUCAUAUACGUUGAUGACGCCAACGACGAGGUGCCUGUAUUUACCCAGCAACAGUACAACCGCCUGGGCCUGAGAGAAACCGCUGGCAUUGGCACCUCUGUGAUCGUGGUGCGUGCCACAGAUCCUGACACCGGUGAUGGAGGGGCUGUUGCAUACGCCCUCAUGUCUGGCUCGGACCGCAAGUUCGAGGUGGACGUGAGCACCGGCCUGGUCACCACUGUGGACUACUUGGACUACGAGACCAAGACCACCUACCUCAUGAACGUCUCGGCCACUGAUCAGGCUCCACCUUUUCACCAAGGCUUUUGCACCGUCUAUGUCACCCUGCUGAACGAGCUGGACGAGGCGGUGGCCUUCUUCUCGGCCGGCUACGAGGCCUCCCUCCGGGAGAACAUCGCCACGGGGACAGAGGUGGUCCAGGUGCGGGCCCAGUCCGCAGACAACUUGAACCAGCUGACCUACCGCUUUGACCCUGACACAUCACCCGUCGCCCUGGCCCUCUUCAAAAUAGACAGCGUCACGGGCCGCAUAACAGUAACAGGCCUGCUGGACAGAGAAAAGGGGGAUUUCUACACUCUGACCGUUGUAGCUGAUGAUGGAGGACCUAAAAAGGACUCCACCGUGGUGUCCAUCACUAUUUUGGACGAAAAUGAUAACAGUCCAGAGUUUGACAUUACAUCUGAUACCUCAGUGAGCGUGGUAGAAAACACAGCCAUGGGGAAAAAAGUGGCUGUGGUGCUGGGAAGGGACAGAGAUGCUGGCUCAAACGGACUGGUCAAUUUCACUCUGGCGGCAGGAAACAUGGAGGAUGUGUUUAAGAUCAAAACAGUGAACAACAGCUACGGGGAGGUUUAUGUCAAUGCUCCUCUGGACAGAGAGUCAGUAGACCGCUACUUACUUAAGGUACGUGCCACUGACAACGGCUCCCCUCCUAGACACACGGACCACUCACUCACCAUCAACAUUCUGGAUGUCAAUGAUAAUGCACCUGUCAUUGAAAAUCAGAGGGGCUACAACGUCAGCGUAAACGAGAAUGUUGGAGGAGGCACGUCAGUCCUCCGCAUGAUGGCCACCGACAAAGACAUCGGCCCUAAUGCCAUGCUCUUUUACUACAUCACCGCUGGAAACCAAGACCUGACCUUCCGCAUGGAUCGUGUGACCGGAGAGAUGGUGACGCGACCGGCCCCCCCAGACCGGGAGCGCCAGCAAGAGUAUCGACUUACUGUCACCGUGGAGGAUGACGGCACGCCACCUCUGUCGAACUUCUGCAAUUUACUUAACCUCCCUCUGGUCAGCACCAUUGCAGAGGCACACAAGUGGAACAGCCUUGUUCAACCUGCGAUGGCUCCCUGGACAGCAAGUGGAGGCAUUCGAAUCAAAAUGCCAUCCUUCUCCUUCCUGCUGUCCAGACAAUGUACAGACAACAAUCCAGGCAGAGGUUAUUGUGAGACAGUUCAUGAGGACAAGAAAGCUCUUAGAACAGAGAGAAGAGGAAGAGACAGUCGGCUGUUAGAUCAAAGAGUGAGGUUCUGCUGCUCUUUAAACCUGCAGGAGGUGAAAAAAAAACACAUGUGGGUGAUGACACAUACAGCAACACGCUUACAGCCUAAAUACGACAGUCCCUGUAAAAUGUCAAAUGGCAAUCGUGACAGCAAGUGCACACACUCCAUAAGCUGA